UGAUAUGUUCUUUAUUUCCACUGUACUGAAGCGCCUAGGCGAAGCCUUACCUUAAAUCUUUUGGAUCAAAACCUCAGCGAUCUAACAAAAACUAACAAUGGCUGAUACACGUAAACGAGUUUUGAAUUUCGCUGCUGGUCCCGCCAAACUACCAGAAGAAGUUUUGGCAGAAGCUCAAAAGGAACUACUUAAUUAUGGAAACCUUGGAAUCAGUGUUAUGGAAAUGAGCCACAGAUCUGCACACUUUGCAAAAAUUGUCAAUGAGGCUGAGAGUGAUCUGAGAGAACUGCUUAAUAUUCCAGACAACUACAAGGUGCUCUUUCUUCAAGGAGGUGGCACUGGUCAAUUUGCGGCAGUUCCUCUCAAUUUGGCCAAAGAGGGAGGAUCUGUUGAUUACAUUGUUACUGGAGCUUGGUCAGCAAAAGCUGCAAAGGAGGCAGAGAAAUUUGUUAAGGUAAAUCAGGUUUUCAAGAAGCUGGACAAAUACAACAGAAUUCCCCCGCAGGAGGAGUGGAAUUUAAAUCCAAAUGCUUCGUAUGUCUACUAUUGUGCCAAUGAAACAAUUCACGGAGUGGAGUUUGAUUUUGUACCGGAGACAAAUGGAGUACCGCUUGUCUGUGACAUGUCCUCAAAUAUCUUGUCAAGACCUGUUGAUGUCAGUAAGUUUGGACUGAUCUAUGGUGGAGCUCAAAAGAAUAUCGGCUGCGCUGGAGUUACCGUGGUUAUUGUGCGAGAAGACCUGAUAACUAACCCUUCACCACAGUGCCCUGUUGUUUUUGACUAUAAGAUCCAGGCUGGAAUGAACUCGCUGUACAACACACCUCCUACUUAUAGUAUCUACAUGAUGGGACUGGUGUUCAAGUGGCUGAAAAGAAAUGGAGGAAUUCAAGAAAUCAACAGAAUUAACCAAAUGAAGUCAGACCUUGUGUAUGAACUCAUUGACUCUUCAAAUGGCUUCUACUGUGGCACAGUGGAAAAGAAGAGCCGGUCAAGAAUGAAUGCUCCUUUCAGAAUUGCUAGCCCUGAAGGAGACCAAGAGCUGGAAAAAAAAUUCAUUGAAGAAGCAGCUGCCAAAGACAUGAUCCAGCUGAAGGGUCACAGGUCAGUGGGAGGAAUAAGAGUGUCAAUGUACAAUGCCGUGAAACUUGAUGACGUCAAGACACUUGUGGAUUUCAUGAAAGACUUCAGACAACAAAAUCAAAAGCAGUAAUAAUGCCUCAAACCACAUUCUUGAAUAACAAUCUUCCUUAUCCAACAUUACACACCCGAAUACGAGCAUCUCUGAAAAAAGAUAUUAACUAAAAAUAUUAAUACAGAUGAAUUUAUUAAGUGCUUUGUACCUACAUGGAAACUUCAAAUCGAAACCACGAGUGAAUUGUGUGUUGCGUUGUGGUGUUGUCAUGCAAGUGGUGUUAAAAGGUUGUAAUAGAAAGACAAAGUAGUGAUAGGACGGGUUUCAUAGCCAUUUCACGAGUUGUUAAUAGAACUGUCGGUCAUGUAAGUUAUACUGGGCCUAGAAAAGAGUGAUAAUAUUUUUUUAGACAUUACAACAACCGUAUGAGGUUUUUGCGGACAAACUUGCAAACAAGUGCCGUGUUUGGUAAAUCUUCGUUUCGUGGAAGUAUUCGGAACGUUUUCCGAUUCUGAUCCUCCAAUCAAAACCCAGCGGGAGCACACACGGGUUAUCCGAAAGCGGUCGCUUCAGCAUACGCCGUGCAGUCCGUGGGUUUACUGAAACGUCACUUGAUUCACUGGACCGUGCAGUCGUGGUUAUGGUUGAAGUUGGAAAUGAGACGCUGUUUUUACAUGUAACUAAUUUAUUGACUUAAUAGUACGCUGUCGUACAUUGGUAAUGUGUACACGGCACCAGAAGAGUAUAUCUGAACUGAAUUAAACACCGGUUUUUAAGGUGAAAA